AUGAUUAUUCUUUUUAGUAGUAAAUAAUACAAAUAAAAAUACUUAAGAUUAGCAAUUAAUUUGAAAGUAUUGAAAUAAAACAAUAUUAUUAAAGCAAGCUUAUUUUUAAAUCAUUUCACACUAAUUAUAAAUUAGUUUUCAAUCUUAACAUAUUUUAAAGUAGAAUAUGUGAAAUUCAAUCACAUCCUGAGUGUGCUUCAAAAUUAGACUAAUAUUCAGUAAAACUUAAUUCUAAUAAGUUUAACAUAAGGGAUAAAAAAACUAACAUAAAUGUCAUUUCUUUUUAAUUAAAUCUAAAAAUUAAUCAAUUAAAUUAGGGAUUUUAUAGACUUUAUUUUGAUAAAAUUAAAUUGA